AUGAUGAACACCGACUGGGGUAGACCAUCGCCACUAGAUGAGUUACGAAAUCAGAGCGACUAUUUCCCAGAUCCCACCACCUAUGACGAUAGUGAAAGUAUAAAUACCUUUCAAGAAGAAUCGCGAAAUCAACAGUAUAUGGGAACGAACCGAAGUAUGAUAUCCUUCGAGACAGUACAAACAAAUGAGAGACUACUGGAUAAACUGGAGUUAAAUGCUGAAGAUGAAGCUCUGCUGCAGCAGGCCCUGAAGGAGGAGGAAGAAAAGAGCAGAAAUUUGGAGAUUAAGCAAUACAGUGGACCAAUAAUAUGCAUGCCUGCAUCGAAAUUUCCGUCAUUGAGAACCAAAGGGCUUUCAGCUUCUCGGGAUAUGGAUCAUAAGGUUAAAGAGUUAUCUUUACAAAGUUUAAACCUGAGAGGCAAUCACUCAAGUUCAACUGUUGAGCAACAUUAUGCAGCCAAAUCCCGAUACUCGUACCUCGCCGAGGAAGAUACAGACUCGGAUUUCAAUGGCCCUACUGAUGACGAGAUCUCACACACCUCACAUAGUGCGAACGAGCAGCAAGUCCUACAUGAGCAGACUCCAUUAAAUGUUGUAAAUUUUGAAAAUUUUCGAUUUGAAAAUACUAAACUCAUCAAUCAGUAUCCUCUAUUAUUUGUUAAAGACACGAGAUCUAAAAGAAGCAAUGGAUUACAGCCUAUUAUCACCUCAUCGGAACCGCGCGAACUUACUGGAGAUAAGACACCUCAACGGAGCGGUAGAUUGUACCAAAAUGGCAGUGGUAAUAGUACGAAGACAUCAUUUGUCGACGUAGGCCAACUAUCCAAACCCAAAACUCAGUCCUCCGCAGAUAGCGAUCUAUCACUUAAUUUGAGUUCAAAGGGGUUGGAGGGAUCACAAGAGGCCUACGUGACUACGCCUUCUCCUGUGAUGGAUAAAUCAUUUCUCAUGGAUAUCUCCAAACAACCAACUCCACCUUACAAAGCACACAGGAAGAAGUCAUCAUUCUCCUUCAAGAACUUGUUCAAAUCGCCAAAAUCGACAAAGUCCAAAACGUCAGUUGAGUCCAGAAAUAGCUUUGAGCAAAGUGUACGAUCGUCAGUAGAAAGUUCACCAAAGAAGCGUCCGCAAUACUUAAGAAACUUCAUCUUCCCAGCUAACCCCGUACUGCAGUUCGAGCCAUCUACACCACGCAAAUCUUCUCAUUUGGUUACACGAAAAGCACACCAUUUUCGUUCGUUGUCAGAUUUCCACAAGACAACUCCAUCGACGGUUGACCUUACUCCUACACAGAAAUAUAACGGUCAGAAUGCUUCGAGCAAGCCCAGACGAAAAUUGUCACUGGAUAGCAGAAGACCUGCUUUUCCUGUAUCAUCGUUCCAAACUCCGCCUCAUUCUAGGCACCAAAGUGGAAAUAGCCUGAAAUUCUCCAACGGGAGAACUGUAGAGCGCCCACUGUAUUUUACAGCAGGACCCAAUACACCUUCUAACUCCAGCAAUCAAAUCAACUUGGCUAUACAGAUGAGAAAUCGUGGGAAACUCGAGGAAUCAGCUCGAAGAUUACGCAAUGCUUGCCAAUCUGACGACGGGACUGCUCAUUUGCUAUAUGGUCUGGCUCUGAGGCAUGGCUGCGGCGUACCGAAGGACUACAAGGAGUCGUUACAUUACAUUAAGGUUGCCACCGGUGUAAAAUCCGAGCCUGAGGAAGUUUUUAACAUCACAGUGGAUCCUUUCGGCAUUGAAGAAAACGGAAGCCUUCCUCAAGUUGUCCCAGAACCAAUGGCUCCAGCGUUGUAUGAAUGUGGGAUGGCAUAUUUAAAAGGUUAUGGCGUUGAGAACCCGGACGAACAAAAAGGAUUGAAAUACCUCGAGAAAGCAGCGGCACUGGGCCAUAUAGACUCCAUGUGCCUGAGCGCUACGAUAUGGUCCAAGAAAUCAGCCGUAAGGAAGAAAGACGUAGCCAGGGCAGCCGCGUGGUUUCGACUAGCAGAGAAGAGAGGAGCCAACCUUAUUGGUUCCGAUUGGAUUCACAAGGACAAAUACAUGAAGAAAGCACACCGAUAA